AUGCUUGCCUGUGAUGCUUGCCGCAUCGUGAUCAACAGGCUGUCCAAAGACGUGAAAUAUCUCACAGAGACGCGAAAAAUCUGGCCCGAUGCAGUACUUGACCAAAGACUGUCAAUUUCUUGCGAGGAUCCAAGUCACCCAAGUGGAAGUGGCGCGGAAGCCUGCGGUCUUUUCAUGGAAGACUUCGCCCAGCUCAUCAGAACGGAGGUGAAGCUACGCUGGGACGAGACCUCCGAGGAGUUUGAGGAAGAUAUCGUUGCCUCCGAAUUCUGCACUGAGAAGGCAAAGAUUUGCGAUGCUGACUCAAAAGGUAUCAGCCACAUGAUUGAUGAGGCUAGCAGGAAGGAAAAGCUCUUGAAGGAGGAGCGCGAGGAGAAAGAGCGUCUCGCUACAAAAACCUAG